AGAAUUUUCUGGAGUGGCUCGCUUUUCAAUUUGGUUGAACACAGGAUAACAAAACACAACAUUUGUGUUCUUGUCAGUGACACUGACAUUUGAGAUUUUGCACAGCACCGAGAGAAAAAGGAUCAUUUUCCUGUACUUCACGUCAGUCAUUCAAGUGUUUUUGAUAUAGAAGUUUUUAUUGAAGCUACAAAAUAGAUAAAACAGAAGAAUGCAAAGGCCGGUAACAGCAGCGGCUGGUUAUCUACCACAGCAUCCUCUUCAUCAUCCACAGCCACAACAACAGCAGGAGACACAUCAAAUGUUCUUGCCAAAUGUGAUGUUGCAACAAACAGUAUCGCAACCGCAGCCAGUAGCGGCAAAUAUGCCGACACCAACAACAAAUUGGAGUAUGGAAUCAAUGCCAUGGAAAAUACAGAAAGCCGAUCACACCGGAGAUGUAAUGGAAUUUACAGCACAUGGACCGCACAAUAAUAGCAUACAUCGUGCUAUAUUGCAUCAGAAACGGAAAUCGGAACCAAUACCAUCACCGUUUCCCGUUAAACAAUUCAUAUCGGAAGAGAAGAUAACAGCCCAUUUCAAUGGCCUACACAUAUCCAGUGAUUAUAUACAACACGAUACCGGCGGAGCCAUAAGCGGCAUUAACCUCAACGAAACGGCAACAACAAGUGGCAAAUGUUUUUCAAAUCUUACCUAUGAAGAUUACCAAAUGACUGCCAAAGAAUUGGAAAAGAAGUUAUUGAAUGCAAAUCGCAUUACAAUUUGUGAAGAAUUGAAGAAAAUCAAUGAACAACCAGCACAGCACAGUGUUUCGUGUUUGCCCGAGGCUCUGUUACAUCGUUUGAAUAAGCCCUGUACUGCUCUGGUAUUGUGGCAGCCCCCACCGCCCAUCAUAAAUAUGCUCAAACAGAACACUACAAACAACGAGGAAAUAGAAGAAGCUCAACGUUUGCACAGGCAGUCGAUUGACGAAGAUGGAAUACCCGAUGUAGACUUACCACCCGAACCGGAAGAUGAUGACGAUAUAGAUGACUAUGUGGACAACAAUAAUACAUGUAGUUUGGAUUUUAACCACAUUAAACCCGAUAGCAUGGAUGAGGAUAUGUAGUUAUUGCUAUUUGUUUUUGAAUCCAUCGUUUUUUUUUUUAUAUUGCGAUAAUAUUUGUAAAAUAUUUGUUUAGUAUUAGGAUUUUAAUAUUGUUUUGAACUUUAUGCGACUGCGACCCAUUUGUUUUUCUACAACACUAUUAUGCAUUACAAACACGAAAAUAUCGAAUCAUUUUUAGGUUUUUUUUUAUAUAUAUAAAUAUUUGAAAUAAUUAUGAAAAUGUGAUUUUAGCUGAUGCAGAUAUAAUUUGUAUCGCCGAUAACGACGACGAGUGAAGAUGAUCGAUGGUAGCGAUAACCCCAUACUCCUUGACUCCUUCAUUUUUAAUGAAAUAGAUAAACAUUAACAAAUUUAGUUAUAUAAGAUUUUACUACUUUGCUUUUUUUAUAUAUACUUAAAAUUAUUUUGAGCCAAUUUUUAUGAUAUAAUAAAAAAAAAACAACCAAAUUAAUUUUGAUAAAAGUA